UAGUUAUCCUUUGAUUGUUCAUGCUUCAUCAGUGGUUUGCAGGCUCAUGGAUGACAUGGCUGGCCACAAGCAUGAGCAAGAAAGAGGUCACCUAGCCUCCUCAAUUGAAUGCUACAUGAAACAAUUCGGUGCAACAGAAGAAGAGGCUAUCGUUGAAUUCCAGAAACGAGUUACAAAUGCAUGGAAGGACAUGAACUCAGAGUGCCUCCAUCCAACCCCCAUCCCGAUGCCUCUCCUCCUGCUACCUCUCAACUUUGCACGAAUUAUUUAUGUUUUAUUCAAGGGUGGAGAUAAUUACACCCAUUCUGGAACCAAGCUCAAGGGAUUUGUGACCUUAGUACUCGUUGAUUCUGUGCCAACUUGAAAUCUCUUUCGCAAAGAUUGAGUCCAAAGAUCAAGUAAUCUUAUGUAUGCUUUCCGUUGCUUGAAGAAAUAAAAGAGUCUUCAAAAC